AUGAACGGUGUAAUAGAGGCGCUGCACAUCUACGAUGAGCAUAAUCGUGCGAUACUCUCCCAUACCUAUACAUCACGCCCUCUUUCGGCCGCCGUCCUUCUUCCCCUGUAUCUCGAACAUCCGGCUCCGAGACCCAACUUAAUAUACCUACCAAAUACCAACCCUCCGACCCUUGUAUUUAGUCUUAUACAUGCAAAUAUACUUUACUUGGCAACCUCUUCUUCUGAGAUAGAGCCUCUUCUCGUCCUCGAGUUCCUCCAUCGCAUAAUCGACGCUCUUGAAGAGUUCCUCGGCGCGCCGGUCCUAGCGCAUAAGAUCGAAGCGAAUUACGAUGUCGUUGCUCAACUUCUUACCGAGAUGUGCGAUGCCGGCACUGUUAACACCACAGAACCGAACGCAUUGAGGGAUGUGGUCGAAGUAGAAGGUCUACUAGGGAAGCUAUUAGGUAGCAUUAAUAUACCUGGCAAAUCCCCUAGUAACUCAAACACACCGUCCCUUAUAGCUCAAACUACGCCGGCUCUCCCCUGGAGGCGAGCAAAUGUGCGACAUACAUCAAAUGAGCUCUACGCCGAUAUUGUGGAGACGUUGUCUGUCACUCUUGCACCAUCUGGUAGGCCAAUCGCUGCAUAUGCGAAUGGUACUAUUGCAUUUACGUCUAAGGUAUCUGGAGUCCCGGAUAUCCUCAUAAAUAUCACUGGGCCCUCGGGAAAGCAUAACCUAAACAGCGUUAUGGAAUUGCCAGUAUUCCACCCAUGUGUACGAUUAAACAGAUGGAAGGAGAAUCCAGGAGAACUCAGCUUCAUACCCCCGGAUGGACGCUUCAUCCUUGCAGGCUAUGAAGUGGAUUUACUACCUUUCACCAACGGAAAGAGCGGGAACUUGAGUUCGAACAGCCUAAGACUUCCAGUAAAUAUUGAGGUUAAAACAGGGUUGGGAUCAACCGGCUCAGACUUCGAAGUUCGGCUUAAUAUCAACAAGAACUUUGGACCUUCUAGUUCUUCAAUAUCAGGGUCAUCUGGUAGAGGUGGCGGCUCAGGUAGCAGAGGAUUCGGGGGACCACACCCAGGCUCGGCCGGCGCGCCACUAUUGCAAGACCUUAUCGUCUCAGUGCCGCUACCUUCCGAAGUUAGGAACCUUUCAGAUAUUCGACCGAGUAAAGGAGACGCUAGUUUUAGUGCAGGAGAUAGGGUAUUGGAAUGGCAUAUACCCACAAAGGAACUUUCCACCGGGACAUCUUACUAUGGCCUUCGAUGCUCAGUCCAGGGUCCUCUAGCUGAAGGUCAAGAAGAUACUGAUCCUAAUGGGUUCGGUUUCGGCAAGGACUAUACUUACGACGAGCCAUAUCAAAGCAAUGCCAACGAGAAGCCCAAAGUUGGCGAAGCAAGCUCGGACAGUGAGAAGGACGCAAAAAGAAUUGCCCAGAACAAGAUCCUUAUGCCGAGCUCUGCGUCUGUUAGCUUCUCUGUCAAGGGGUGGCUAUCAAGUGGAAUCAAGGUCGAGAGCAUCCUCAUUGACCCGAGAAAGAGUCGAGGUAUCGGCGAAGGAAUAAAACCGUAUAAGGGUGUGAAGUAUCUUACUAUCAGCAAGGGGGGACGCAAACGUAACUGGCCUGCGGUGAUGAGUGGUAUGUCGCCGGCUCAGCUCAACCGACUUUCUCAGUGCGGCGGUAUACUCCAUGGGUCCAAUUGGCCGUCGAAAUUACGUAUCAACAAAAGGGAAGAGACCGCGGACUGCUAUCUUCUUUCCAGAACUAAACUAAUUAACUCUACCGUUAUUAUAGGCCAAGGAGUCCAGAAAGUCGGAAUGCUUACGCCCUGGAUCGAAGCCUUCCCAGCUAGAGCCGCGCAAAUAAUUGAUGAGAUAGAUAGUUAUAUGGGAUACAAGCUGUCCGACAUAAUACAAAAUGGCCCAAGCCGAGUACUAACCGCAACGCCCAACGCCCAGCCGGCGAUCAUGGCAACCUCCAUCCUCAUUCUCCGCAUCCUCGAGAACGAAUUCAACUUUGAUAUAUCCAAGCGAGUAGAUGUAUCGCUCGGGCAUUCACUGGGCGAAUUCGCAGCUUUAGUAGCAGGUGGUGUAUUAGAAUUCGAGGACGCUUUAUAUAUGGUGCGCAAACGCGCGGAGGCUAUGGCGGAGGCUACCCAGAAGGCCAAAGAAAAAUACGGAGGAGAAUAUGGCAUGGUAGCCGUCGUUACGGAGCCCGAGUAUUUAACGCAACUGAUCGAGGCUAUAGACGACUUCGUGGGAUACCGCAGUGCUGGCGCGAGGAGUGAGAGCGCCGACUCCAUGAAGCCUAUCGACCAAGUGCUUAUCGCAAAUAUCAACAGCAAGAAUCAGAUUGUGCUGAGUGGGAAUAUACAAAGGAUCAAGGAACUGACAGCUCAUGUCCGACAAUUCCUUGGCCACGACCCUAGAGCGGUUCGAUUACAUAGCGACAGUCCAUUCCACAGUCCAAUCGUGAGACCGGCAGUCAACGUGAUGCGAGAACUAGUCUCGAGGAAGAGUAGAGUAAAGGGCCGCGAAGACAAGGAUGUCAUCACGUUUCCGGGCCGACUUCAAUGUGUAAGCAACGUGAGUGCGCGGCCAUUCGAAGACGCCGCGGAUGUGAAAGACCUACUGGCGCGACAAUGUCUCGAAACUGUCAGAUGGUGGGACAGCAUCAAGUAUCUGGAUCAAGAGCAGAAGGUUAGAAGGUGGAUUGGUAUUGGGCCUGGAAAAGUUGGUAGGAAUCUUGUAGGAAAGGAGGUGGGCAUGCGCGGGAUGGACUCGGUUAAAGGGGGCGGCGUCUGGGCCAUCACCGACCCAGUCGAGAUCGAGGAUGUCUUGAAAGGAUUGGAAGAGACUGAGUCAGUACAAGAGGAGGAAGAGGAGGAGUAG